AUUUGAUUGGUUAAUGCAAAAUGUGGUGAUUAGUAUCUCCAAAUAAACAUAAAUAAAACCAACUGAGAAGAAAUUAUGAAAAUUGUCUUGUUUUAAAAAAUGGGUGAUUUUAAAAACAGUCCUCAUAUAGUUUCAGACGAUUUCAAUCUAAUAGAGUUGUCCGGAAUAGAUGACUUACUCACAAAUUGUGAAAAUGAGUUAAUGAAAAACGGUUUACCUUUCGAAGAUGAUAUGUUAUUGUCGCAAUUAGAUGAUCAAAUGCAAUCUGAUGAUUUACCAUUAGAUUUACUUGAUAUAAACAACAGUACAUUAUUAGAUCCUCACACACUAUCACCCACUGUUUGUAAUAAAUCGUUUGAUGUUGCUGUAACGCCUGAGUCAAAACAGAAAAAUAAUCCAAAAUCUGACCAAGUUCCUGUUUUGAAUAACAAUUCCAAUUCAAUUUUGAAUGCUGGUUUCACAACACCUGUUAUAAAUAUUCAAAAUGGUGUUCCAAAUUUUUCUCAAAAUGGUCAAGGAAGACAACAACCAAGAGUCACUUUAAAAUCGGAGCCUGUGCAACAUUUAACGGCUGCUGCUACUGUUCUCAUUUCAACUGCUCCUGUAUCCACAACUCAAAAAGUUGCUUUCUCAAACCCCCAGUUUAUUACUUCAAACUGUACUGGCAUAUCUCCAUCAAUUAUUACAAAGAGUAUUCCACAAACUCAGUCUCUUCUAGUGCAAAAUCUUGGCCAUUUACCCACUGAUAAAAUGCAACAGGUUGUUUUACAUGCUCACCUAAUCAAUCCAAAAUCACAGACAGUCAUGUAUACAACUCCUGUUCCAACCACAUCUGUUAGCGUGACAGGGCAACCUCAUGCUAUGAUUAAUGGAACCAGUCAUAUUUUGGCCACAGGAAUCCCUUUAAUGCUAGACACAGAAAAUAAAGUCCCCAUCAAUAGAAUCAGUAAUGAAGGGAACAAAGAACCAAAAGUGCGAGAGGGCAAACGAAGCACACAUAAUGCAAUAGAAAGGAAAUAUAGAACCAGUAUCAAUGAAAAAAUAGUAGAACUGAAGAACAUUAUUGUGGGAGAAGAUGCCAAGUUGAACAAAUCAGCCAUUCUACGAAAAGCAAUUGACUACAUUCGUUUUUUACAAAAUUCAAAUGCAAAAUUAAAGCAAGAAAACAUGGCUUUGAAAAUGGCUGCUCGAAAGAACACUCUCAAAGAUCUUCUUGAUCCUAAGAUUGACAUGAUAUCCAAAUAUGAAACUGCAGACACUCCACCUCCUUCAGAUGUGUCCUUAUCACCUGAACAUUCUAUACCAUCAAGUCCUGAGUUUGAACAUGAUCUUAAAGCUGAAAGUGAUGAUGAACACACUGGACUAACCCAAGGAAUGUUUGAUCAUUCAAAAAUGGCACUUUGCAUGUUUAUGCUUACAGUUUUGGUUUUUAAACCAUUUGAUGUCAUCUUCAAUAAGCUUGGUGAUAGUUUGGAUCUGAACCUUAGAAGGAACUUAUUAAGCAUUGAUGACUCGUCCUGGAACAUAAGUUUUUCAGCGUUAUUUUUAUGGUUUGUAAAUAUUCUAAUAUUUGGAUUCUGUAUGUUGAAACUAUUCGUCUAUGGAGAUCCGAUGAUUCCCGCCAAAUCCAAGGAGUCUCGAUGCUUUUGGCGUCAUCAUAAAUUAGCUGAAUUUUAUAUGGAAAAAGGGGACAAAUCUGGUGCUAACCAGGAGUUAAAGCGGUGUCUUCAAGUGUAUGGCUUGUCUUUACCACUUAGUAGAUUUGAGUUGUACUUAAGCAGUGGAUGGCAAGUGUUCAGACAGAUACUACAUAGAAUUUGGAUUGGCAGGUGGCUUUCGCGGCACACAGGUGGAUUCUUUAUACCCGGGUCUUUAAAACAUGACGCUCGUACUUCAUGCCGCGAUUUAGCUCUUGUCUUUCAUAAACUGAACCAGUUAAGUCUUACUGAUAACCCAAUCGAAACAAAUCACCAUAUGGGCUUAAUAACGUCCCUCCUUGCUGUCAGUUUGGCUGAAGCUGCUGAUUAUCUGAUAAAACCCGUUCAAUUGGCUGAAAUUUACGUCGGAGCUUCGUUACGGAUCAAAGCAAGUUGUUCAAAUUUCUUUCAAAGCAUACAUAAGUACUACUUAGGCUUAGCAAAACAUGCAUUAAGCAACUCGUGCGAUCCCGUUCCCCAGCAUUUGCAAUGGCUACUUACGCCUCAAGGUACCAAGUUUUUCCUUAACAGAAAAUUCUUAUAUAAACGUGACUGUGCAUCUCUAUUUAGUUGUUUGCACAACUUUGCUGAUCCUCUGGCUCAUGUCAUGAAGGAAUACAGAGAGCACUUGAUUGAAAAAGCAUUAAGGGCUGUGGCUGAACCGGGCAGCAAAGAUGAAGAAAAUGAUCAGAAAAUUCAAACUUCCGAUGUUCUUAUGUAUGUUCAACUGUUGUUUGAAAACGUGAAGGCCGACGAACUUACAAUUUUUAAGUCCGAAUCUAAACUGAAUUAUGAAGAUGAAGUGGCUUUUUGGUGGGCAAAUUUGAUUGCUGUUAUCGGAUAUUGGCUAUUAGGUGAAAAUGAAAAAGCCCAACACUUACAGAAAAACGUUGAAAAUCCUCCAAGCGCACUUAUCAAUUGCAGCAAUCCUCUUCCGAGGGCUGCAUUAGAAGCUUAUUACGCCAAAAACAACUGCUUGACGCGUAAUAAUUCUCACAAAAGAAUUUUACCGCAGUGUGACGUGGCAGGGAGACUUUUACAAGAUAGUUUGGCUUACUCUAGCUGUUUGAAAGAAAAUAAUUUAGCUCUAAUGGUUCAACUGGUUAUUUGUGAUUGUCUUUUGGAAACACGCACAACAAUUUGGGAGGAAUCUGUUGAUCUGGACCCAUCCAGUAUUCCUGUUCCAAAUUCUGUUCUCUCAUCCUUCCAAAGAGAUCUGGCUUCUUUAAAAAAUCUAACCCAGUACAUACCAUCUGCCUUAUCGAGGGUGUUCUUAUAUGAAGCAACUUCUCGCAUGAUGGCUGGAGCUGCGCCAGGACGUACACAACAAUUACUUGAUAGAAGUUUGAGACAUAGACACUCCAAAUCAUCUGUAAUUUGUGGAAAAGGUUGAUUUUUUAACUUAAUACAGUUUAUUCUGAGGAAACAUUAGCAAAAUUUUGUAGUAAUUUUUCAUUUACUUAUAAAAAUACAUAUUUAUGAUUUGCGGUGAUGUUUUAUAAUACAAAAUCAAUAUUUUUCCUUUCUUAAUUUUGUUAUAGUUUCAUUUAAUAUAUAUAUAUUAA